AUGUUAUCUAUCUAUAUCUUGAUCUACACAACUUUGGUGACAAGAGUUCUUGCAACACAUUUAAAGGUCAUUCCACCUUCAUUGGAUCCAUUUUAUAACCCCCCUGAUGGAUACCAGAAUAAACAUCUAGGAGAAAUCUUACGCUUCAGGAGGGUGCCAAACAAACUCAGGGGUAUAUACUUUCCCAUAAACAUAAAAAAUGCAUGGCACAUUAUGCUGCGCUCGUCUGAUAGUAUGGGAAACCCAUCCACAGUGGUCACAACUUUGAUAGAACCUUAUAAUUCAAACUCAUCUCGAUUGGUUAGUUAUCAAUUCAUGGAAGAUUCAUCUAUGGAAAAUUGCGCUAUAUCAUAUGGAAUGCAAUUUGGAGCAGAUAUGGAUACACUAGUAACCCAAGAAGAGAUGUACUUGUUGAAUAUGGCUCUACAAGAGGGAUAUUGGGUUAAUGCUCCAGAUUACCUUGGGCCCAAAUCAACUUUUACUGUUUCCCGACAACACGGUCAAGCAGUCUUGGAUUCACUUAGAAGUGUGCUUAAUUCUGCAAAUGAAACGGGGGUAAGCCCUGAAGCUGAUAUAAUCUUGUGGGGUUAUUCUGGAGGUUCCAUGGCCAGUAGCGCAGCAGCUUCUAUAAGAAAACAAUAUGCACCCGAGUUGAAGCCUCGCCUUGUCGGAGCCGUAUUUGGCGGGUUUUUUACAAACGUCACGGAUCUAUUACUAGCAGUUGACGGAAGUGCGUAUGCUGGACUAAUUGCUACUAGUCUUGGAGGAUUGAGCAAUGAAUACACUGCAUUGAAGUCUAUAUAUAACAUUUCGUUUUCUAGAAAAGGAGCCCGCGAAGCAUUUUGGGCAAAUACUGAACGUUGCUUUGCUCCAUCUUUAGCAGCAAUGAUGUAUACCCAAGUCUUUUCAGGACCCACAAAAUGGGUGAGAGAUAGUUUCAAUUUUUUCCUGCAACCACUCGUUAAAGAAAUUUUAUUCAACACCACGAUUGGAAUUGACAAGGCCGAGAAGCCAGACAUUCCGAUAUUUAUAUAUCAUGGUAAGAAUGACAGUAUAGUACCAUUGAACGGUGCAAAACAAACCUUUAAUAAUUGGUGUGAUUGGGGAGUUGAGUCAGUGGAGAUGACGGUGUCGAACUCUACAAGACACAUUACAGAGUGUUUUUUGGGCUCACCAGCUGCUAUGACUUGGAUAAAGAGACGAUUUAAUGGUAAGCCACCAGUAGAAGGAUGUCUGUAUACAGAGAGGGUAAGCAAUAUGCUGUACCCAGGAACUUCAUUAUCAUCUGUUAAUUUGGUAGUUACUUUUGUCAAGACACUAUUCGGAUUGAAAAUAGGACCAUGGACCUUCAAAAAACGAGAAGAUUUUGAAGCUUUUGAUAUAGACUCCAAAUUUGAGGAGAGGUUAAAGAUUAAGAAUUCAUAUUGA